AUGGUCCAGCUGGCGGCUUUAGCCCUGCAGCACUGGCGCUUGCUACUGGCGGGCAUAUCCCACGAAAGCCGCCAGGGUGCUCAGACCUUGCGGUGUUUGUUGGAGGCAUUCCAGCCGGCGGCUAUUUUCCUUGAAAUCGACAGACAAGAUCUCGCUUCCUUGAAAGCAAUGCCAGAGCCGUCUCCAAGUAUUGCUGCAGAAUGUGCUGAAGCAUUGAGGUGGGCAGAUGGCCACAACAAGAAGUUAACUCCAAUAGAUCGCGAACAGCUCACAACACGCCGUCGUUUGGCGCAGAGCCUUUCCCUGCAUCCUGGACAGCUGCUACGAUCGAGGAAGCACUGGGGCGUAGUGGCUCCAACGACAUGCGUCACAGCUUGGAGAGAACACCUGCUUACAGAUUGCCCCAUCUUGCAUGAAGUCAUGCUCGAAGAAAGAGAUGAGUUUAUGGCCUAUCAGAUUCUGCUAGGCCUGGAACAGCGCCUCGCUGGUCAGCACAAGAAUGGCGGAGCUGGAAGAAGUUUCGGUGACGGCGAGGCCUUGCUUGAAGCCUCCCUAACGCAGCAACUGCAGCGCCGAGCUGAGUUGGAUGCAGCACGAAUUGGUGCGGCUUUGCGCUGGACGCUCGAGCCAAACGAACCAAACACGCUAAAGCCGGUGCAAAGGAUCUGCGACCUCGAGGAGUGGCGCUCCUUUUCCAAUCCGUUACAGCCAGAUCCGGAGCACGUUCUUGUGAUCUGCGGCCCAGCACACGUGGAAGCCUUGCGGCAUCGCUUGGAGGCCAGCAUGGGUGCCUCCCGCCCUGCUCACAUGUUCCUGGCCAGAAAUGCAGGAUUGUUCCCUCGACUGCUGAUCAACGCUACAGCUUGGAACUGGGAGCCUGUAUCCCCAAAAGCAGUACUAAGCCUCGUAAGCAUGGAGGAAGGGAAUGCAGAGAGUGCACCAACUGCGACUCCGGGUCCAGACACGCUGGGCCGUCUGAAAACGUACGAUGGCCUCGGGCCUCUGGCAACGAUGGUGUCGUCUGCUUGGGAAGCAUUAGGGCCAUCCAGCACCAGGCCCAUGCCGACAUUGUCAGCAUCCGCAGGUCCUGUGUUUGUUCACGAACGCUUGCGGUCACUUUCACAAAAACCGCUUCCAAUGUGGCCUGUCUUUCUCGUGAUGUAUUUCAUGGUUCCGGCGCUAGCAUUCCUCGUCAUUCCUAUAGCCAUUGACAUGCGUUGGCUUCAGGCUUUUGCCUCUGGACCAGAAUUUCCGGAAACGCUGCGUGUAGAAAACCUUGUGCUCGUUUCUAAGUUAAGCUGUUCUAUUGGUAAGUUCUCGGAGGUUGUUGAAGGUCACCGUUUAGGAGAGUCUCGUGACCUAGAGUCCACUGCCACUAAAUAUUCCCAAAUCAAAGGACCCAUGAAAAUCGCAUCGGCAGUACUCGGCAGGGUGGGUUUGUUCGUGCAAAAGCAAGGAAGGCGUGGCUUAAGAAUGGCUUAA